AGUUCCGCAAAUUCGGCAAACCACGGCUGAAGAAACUGGCAGCAAGACGUGUAACUUACAUUCUUUAAUUUUUUUGCAACUCUUUACUUUUUCCAUUCAACAUGCGUGAAAUUGUCCACAUCCAAGCCGGACAGUGCGGAAACCAGAUUGGUGCCAAGUUCUGGGAAGUGAUCUCAGAUGAGCAUGGCAUCGACCCUACUGGUACCUACCAUGGAGACUCUGAUCUUCAGCUGGAGAGAAUCAACGUCUACUACAAUGAGGCUACGGGAGGCAAAUAUGUACCACGUGCCGUCCUCGUCGAUCUGGAGCCAGGUACCAUGGACUCCGUCCGCUCUGGACCUUUCGGACAGAUCUUCAGACCAGACAACUUUGUCUUUGGACAGAGUGGUGCUGGAAACAACUGGGCCAAGGGACAUUACACCGAAGGUGCUGAGCUUGUAGACUCUGUGCUUGAUGUUGUUCGCAAGGAGGCUGAGAGCUGUGAUUGUCUUCAGGGCUUCCAGCUUACUCACUCCCUUGGAGGUGGUACCGGCUCUGGAAUGGGAACCCUCCUCAUCAGCAAGAUCCGUGAAGAGUACCCAGACCGCAUCAUGAACACAUUCAGCGUUGUGCCAUCACCCAAAGUAUCAGACACUGUUGUUGAACCAUACAACGCCACACUCUCAGUCCAUCAGUUGGUUGAGAACACAGACGAGACCUAUUGCAUUGACAAUGAAGCCCUCUACGAUAUCUGCUUCCGUACCCUCAAGCUGACCACACCCACUUACGGAGAUCUGAACCAUCUGGUCUCUGCCACCAUGAGUGGUGUCACCACCUGCCUCCGAUUCCCUGGCCAACUCAACGCUGAUCUCCGCAAACUUGCUGUCAACAUGGUUCCCUUCCCACGUCUUCACUUCUUCAUGCCUGGCUUUGCUCCUCUCACUAGCCGUGGCAGCCAGCAAUACCGUGCCUUGACCGUUCCAGAGCUCACCCAACAUAUGUUCGAUGCCAAGAACAUGAUGGCUGCCUGUGAUCCUCGUCAUGGUCGUUACCUCACCGUUGCCGCCAUCUUCCGUGGCCGUAUGUCCAUGAAGGAGGUCGAUGAACAGAUGCUCAACGUACAGAACAAGAACAGCAGCUACUUCGUUGAAUGGAUCCCCAACAACGUCAAGACCGCUGUCUGUGACAUCCCACCACGUGGUCUGAAGAUGUCUGCCACUUUCAUUGGCAACAGCACUGCCAUCCAGGAGCUCUUCAAGCGUAUCUCUGAGCAGUUCACCGCUAUGUUCAGGAGAAAGGCUUUCCUUCAUUGGUACACUGGUGAGGGUAUGGACGAGAUGGAGUUCACUGAGGCUGAGAGCAACAUGAAUGACUUGGUUUCUGAGUACCAACAGUACCAGGAUGCCACCGCUGAGGAGGAAGGAGAGUUUGACGAGGAAGAAGGUGAAGAUGAGGAGGCUGCUUAAACAUUGGACAAUCAGAAAUAGACAGAUAUAAAUGCAAUUUAUUUGAUCAGCAUUUUGGUCUAACAUCACCAAAGAUUUGAAAUCCUUUGGGGUGAGAAAGAAAAAACCCACCAAAAAGAAAUUUAUUUAUUCCAUUCCAGUUUUCAGAGAAUACUCCAAAUUGUUCGUAAUGAACUUGAUUUGAACUUCAAAAGUGUGCUCAGUCACACUGUCAAAGACAAUCAAAAAAUAAAAAAAUUCCAGGACAAAUUCUAUUAAAAAUAUACCAAAUUACAAG